CAGAUGUUCUUCUUGUGAAUUUUUAACUAGUUAUUACUAAUUAAACAAUUUUGCAUUUGAUAUUGGGAAUUCUAUCUAAAAAUGCAUGGCAGUUAAUUCUUUGAGGUUUCUUUUUGUAGUUCUAUGACUUAUAAGCCAGAGUCCAAGCUGUAGUACUACAUCAUGAGCUCAGCUUACUCAGAUAAGCUGUGAACAGUAAAUUUGGGCUGAAAUAUGAGAGAAUGCAUCUAUGUUGUAAGUGUGCACCAUAUAAAACAAAUCCUGGAUCUGGCAAUGCAUAAUGAGAGAAAAAAAAGUGCAACUGUGUUUUUGGAUUAAAACAGCAAAUUUUUUGGUGUAUUUUUAUAUGUUUUUUAUGGUAGCAUUUACUGUUUCUUGGUCUCAUAUGAUAGAGUAGAAGAUGUAUUAUAGAAAUGGCUUUGAUGGAUUUUAGUACUGAAAAUAGCUUAAAAUUGAGUUCAGAGUAGAAGAAAUGUUCUAUUUUUGCUGAUAUCAGAGGGUAAACAACCACGUCACGUGUGCAAUACACAUCAACUGGUGGGUUUAAUGUGUGCUGCUGAAUGCACUGAUAUUUUUUAUACAAUUAUUACAAUAUUGAAUAACAGUAACUUUUCCAUUUUUUGUGUGCAUAAAAAUAAUUUGUGAAUAAAAAAUCAAAAUGAAAUUCAUCUGUAAAGCCUACAAAUAUAACUAAUAUGUACUAGAAAUGUUAGUUUAAUGCCAGGUUGCCUGUACUGAUUAUUCAGGACCCUAUUUUGAAAUUGGAAAAUUUUGAAUUUUGUGUGAAAUUGGUCAUAUUACCAAUACCAGGUUGCUUGCUUUGAUUAUUCUGGGACCAAUUUUGAAAUUGGAAUAUUUUGAAUUUAUGUGUGAAAUUGGCCAUAUUACCAAAACCAGGUUGUCUGCUUUGAUUAUUCUGGACCUUAUUUUGAAAUUAAAAUAUUUUGAGUUUUGUGUGAAAUUGGCCAUAUUUCCAAUUUUCAAUCACUUUAUUGGGAAGUUGAAAUAGUUGAAUUGGGCAAUUUUAUGUGCUAAUAGAUAAUAUGGAACACAUACUAGUGAAAUAGCUAAGAAUUUGGUAUAAUGGAACUAUGUAAUUGGCCAAAAACAUGACUCAAAGUGGGCAAAAUUGCUAAUGCAUAAAUAUUUCUGACACAGCAAAAUUUGCAGGAGUAUAACUUCAUCAAUACUUUAUAAAAUUUUGUACUUUUUAUUUUAUUACAUUCAGAAAAAGAUUCUCUAUGAUUUCCUAAGAAAAAAUAUAUUUUUUAGACCCUGUGGGGAAUUUUCGGACUGGGGGUCUGAACUCUCAAAGAGUCAAUAAAAGAAUACAAAAAAAAAAUUUUUAAACACAAGAGCAAAUAAUAAUAAUAAUAAUAAUAAUAAUAUUAUUGUUGAGUGUCUCUGCAGUGUUCUAGUACAUACAUUAAUGUUUUAACACAAAACAAAAAUUAUGAUAGUGUUUUAACAAACAAUAUGAACUUUAUUAAUGAUCAUAAGUAGGAAAAGUUUUGCCUAAAUAAAUCUUAACAUGGGAAUAUGUUCAUAAGGAAAACCACGUGUUCAAUGUCCAAAAUAUUUUUAAAAAAUCUUGAAAUAGACAUGUGAGUACAUAAGGAAGAUUAACUAUACCAACGUUGUAUGACUAAAAUAUUUUUAAUGAAAUACCUUCAUUUAAAAAAUAUGGAAAAACAUAAAGAACAUAAACCAUAUCAAUGUUCUGAGUGUCUGAAAUGUUUUAGUCAAAAAAGCAAUCUUGUGUCACAUGCGAGAGUACAUACAGGAGAUAAACCAUAUGAAUGUUCUGAGUGUCUGAAAUGUUUUAGUCAAAAAAGCCAUCUUGUGUCACAUGCAAGAGUACAUACAGGAGAUAAACCAUAUGAAUGUUCUGAGUGUCUGAAAUGUUUUAGUCAAAAAAGCCAUCUUGUGUCACAUGCGAGAGUACAUACAGGAGAUAAACCAUAUCAAUGUUCAGAGUGUUUGAAAUGUUUUACUGAAAAACGCUAUCUUGUGACACAUAUGAGAGUACAUACAGGAGAUAAACCAUACAAAUGUUCAGAGUGUUUGAAAUGUUUUACUGAAAAACACAGUCUUGUGAAACAUAUGAAAGUACAUACAGGAGAUAAACCAUAUCAAUGCAAUGAGUGUCUGAAAUGUUUUAAUCAAAAAAGCAGUCUUGUGAAACAUAUGAGAGUACAUACAGGAGAUAAACCAUAUCAGUGUUCUGAGUGUCUGAAAUGUUUUAGUGAAAAACACUGUCUUGUGAAUCAUAUGAGAGUACAUACAGGAGAUAAACCAUAUCAAUGUUCUAAGUGUCUGAAAUGUUUUACUCAAAAAAGCCAUCUUGUGAAACAUAUGAGAGUACAUACAGGAGAUAAACCAUAUCAGUGUUCUGAGUGUCUGAAAUGUUUUAGUGAAAAAAGCAGUCUUGUGAAACAUGUGACAGUACAUACAGAAGAUAAACCAUUUCAGUGCGCUGAGUGUCUGAAAAGUUUUACCGCAAAAAGCAGUCUUGUGACACACAUGAGAGUACAUACAGGAGAUAAACCAUAUCAGUGUUCUGAGUGUCUGAAAUGUUUUAAUAGAAAAAGCAAUCUUGUCAGACAUACACAAGUACAUUCAGAUAAAACAUGUUAGUGUUUAAUGUUUCAGAAAUAUUUUAGUUAUAAAUUCAUCAGAAUAUAUAAAAGGGAUAUACCAUAGCAGUGUUGAGAGUGAAAUAUGUUAAUGAAAUGUCAGUCAUAUAAAUCAUAUAAGUUCAUAGAGGAGAUAAGUUAUAUUAAUGUUCAGAACAUAUUAUAUAUUUUAUAAAAAGAGCAGUCUUGUGUACUCACGAGAGUUAAUAUACAGUAUAAACAAUAUAUAUAAAUAUAUAUAUAUCUUUUCUAGGUAGUAGGUUGGUAGACAGCAACCGCCCAGGGAGGUACUACCAUCCUGCCAAGUGAGUGUAAAACAAAAGCCUGUAAUUGUUUUACAUGAUGGUAGGAUUGCUGGUGUCCAUUUUUCUGUCUCAUAAACAUGCAAGGUUUCAGGUACAUCUUGCUACUUCUACUUACACUUAGGUCACACUACACAUACAUGUACAAGCAUAUAUAUACACACUCCUCUUGGUUUUCUUAUAUUUUCUUUCUAGUUCUUGUUCUUGUUUAUUUCCUCUUACCUCCAUGGGGAAGUGGAACAGAAUCCUUCCUCCAUAAGCCAUGCGUGUUGUAAGAGGUGACUA